AUGUCAAUAUCCAAUUUGAAAUAUCUUCAAGAAAGAAAAUUCAAAGAUCCAGUAAAAGCAAAUGGCCAAACAACCAUGAUUGUUGUGUAUAUUUCCCUCAUGGAGACCAUCAAUUGCCGUGCACGAGCGAUCUCUCUCUCUCUCGCUCUCUCUCUCUUUUUUUUUUUUUUUACUUGGGCCAAACCGUUAUCUCAGCUGUCAUACAAGCAAAGGGGGAAAGCAAGGCCUCUGAAGCUACCCAAUGAUGAGAAGAAAGAUUCUGACGAGGUUGGUAUGGCCAAUAUUCAAAAGAUGAAGGAAGAAGAAAAGGCGCCCAGGGAUCUUAGAGCAAAGGCCCAACAGAAGGGGUACCCCUUUGGAGGUGCUGGGCUUAAGAAGAGUGGGAAGAAAUGAGAGUUAAGCCCAGCAAAUCACUAGUUACUUCCAUUUCAAGCAUUUAAUACUGAAUUUUGGAAUGACAACCAGGAAAAACAGCUUCAGUUUCCUCCAGAAAUUUGAUCUUUGGUGAACAAUAUCAUACCAAUGCUUAGCAAGUUUCAGAGAAACGGCUCACCUUAAAAUUGGGUCACAGAACAAUUAAAUAUGCCAGGUCUGUACUCAACGAUUAUACUUUACAUAAUGGUGACAAAAAACAUGCAUGAAACUGACAUGUGAUGAUAUACAUUAAGAAGACAGAAG